CUAACUUCCAUUGCAUUCGCUGCUGCAACUCUGCAAGACUUAGCGGGAAAGAAGAGAGAGAGAGAGAGAAGGGGAAGAGAAGUUAGGGCACAGCUUUUGAGCUCCGAAAGGGUGUUGUUUUGCUGUUUAACUGGGGAGUAUUACAGCGUAUUCGUGUUUGAUCGAAUAAAAGAUCAGAAUGUCAGGUAGGAAAGAAACAGUUCUAGAUUUGGCAAAGUUCGUUGACAAGGGUGUGCAAGUCAAGCUUACUGGUGGCAGACAAGUUGUAGGAACACUAAAAGGCUAUGACCAAUUGCUGAAUCUUGUCUUGGAUGAAGCCAUUGAGUAUCUUAGAGAUUCUGAUGAUCCUCUGAAGACAACAGAUCAGACACGGCGUCUUGGAUUAAUUGUGUGUAGGGGGACUGCAGUUAUGCUUGUGGCGCCAACUGACGGCACAGAUGAGAUCGCCAAUCCUUUCCUCCAGCCCGAUGGGGCAUAGGGCCGCCAUGAAUGUCACAUCUAUUUUGUAAAACGGUUUGUGCUUCGUGUUUUUUCUGUGUCCUUAAGAACUAAGAUAAUCUCGAAGGCACUGUCAUGGGCGAGGAUAGCCUUUAUGUAUAUCCCGCCCAGUGUGGUAGUCUUUUGCGUUAGACAACUGCUUUCAUCAAGGCAUGAUAUAUAGAUGCUCCUUGUAUUGAAGAACAGACACUAUAGUUGUAUUGAUGCAUGAAAAAUGUUUUCUAAUA